AUGACUAUGGAUUACGAAAACGAAAGCCGUGGAUACGAUGAGGACAGAGAGCAGUACCAGCGCGACGAGCGUUCUGUUUCUCCUAGAGGCAGACGCGGAGAUUCGGCUCCCAGGCGUGAUCGCGUUAGAAGCGCGUCCCCUGGGGGUAGGGGCGAACGCUCCGUUCCACCAGAGUCAAGACCUGAUGACCGCCGUGCUCUUGACACAGCGUCAAACACGUCUGAACGCGGUGGUCACCGUGGCGGAAAUGGCGGCUCACCAGUUGAUGGUGCCACCAACACUGGUACCAACCUUUUCGUGACUGGAAUCCAUCCUCGUCUUACUGAAGAUGACGUAACCCGUCUCUUCGCCAAGUAUGGUGAGGUUGAGAAGUGCCAGAUCAUGUUGGAUCCUCACACCAAGGAGUCCCGUGGAUUCGGAUUCGUCAAGAUGGCCACUCUUGAGCAGGCCGACGGCGCUAAGGAGGGCUUGCAAGGCGAGGUCUUCGAGGGUAGAACCUUGAGCAUCGAGAAGGCCAGGAGAAGCCGUCCCAGAACGCCAACUCCAGGGAAAUACUUUGGACCACCCAAGAGAGAUGAUUUCCGCCGUGGACCCCCACCUCCACGUUAUGAUGACCGUGGCGGCGGGCGUUACCCUCCUCGUGGUGGACGCUACGAUGAGUAUGACCGUGGCUACUCUUCACGCUACGAUGAUCGUGAUGGUCGUGGUGGCGACCGCUACUACCGCUCUCGUGAGCCCCGUGAUGACUACCCCCCUCCCCGUGGCGUGGAUCGUUAUGCAUCAAGCCGUGGCGAUGAUCGCUACACUCGUGAGGACCGCCGCGCUCCAAGGGAGCCGGGAUACACCAGCUAUGCCGAGCGUGAGCCUGGUUACUCCCGAACUGCCGCUGCUGAGCCUGCCGUUCCCCCUGCUGGCAGCGAGAGCGGUGGCAGAGGAGGUUAUGGUGGGUAUCGUGAUGAUCCCCGCGAUGACCGCAGCUACAGGAGGUAA